CAAAUUUCUCAUGGUUUUUCAAAGUAAUCCGAGACUCCCCGGUUUCCAAGGAGCAACGAGGAAUUAUGAUGACUCGAUAUUUGCACAUGUUUUCCCCUUUGUUUCUUGAUCGUUUAAGGUUGAAUUAUCGCUUCUUUGGCCUAUUUUAUGCUAGGUUGUGUUCCUUUGUCACAUUUCAGGUCCUAGCAUGUAAAUUGAAGCAUAGCGCAAGUUUGAAGUCAAUCGGAGAUCAUUCGGCAAUUCGGGAGAAGAAACACGAGCAUGACCUGAGGAAUAAUGGACUUCUACCUCAUAUUAUGGACAAAUAAUCAUGGAAUUUUGUCAUGAAAAGAAAAAGGACAAGACUACGAGCGUCUGGGAUCAAACGGGGACUGAUUCGGAGUCCGGUCAAGGGAGAAACGAAGCAUUAAACAGAGGCCGAGCAAGCCACACGGGCAUCCUGGAAUUCCACACGGCCGUGUGGUUCGUGGCCGUGUGGAAAUCACCGAGCCUUCACACGGGCAGCUGGGAAAGCCACACGGCCGUGUGGCCUGGCCGCGUGAUCUGGAAUUUAUGUUUAAAACUCGAUUUUCAGCCAAAGAAAAGGGGAGAGCUGGGUUUUUGGUUCCCAAACACCCAAGGGACGAACCCUAGAGAGAGAGAGCGACUUGGGAACAUUCUUGGAGCUAUUUUGGAGGAUUUCUUCACCAUUGGAGCUCGGGAAUCAAGCUUGGAGAUGAAGAUUGAAGAUCUAGAUCAGAUUUCUGCAGUCUCUCUCUUCUCUAUGGAGUAACUUCCCUUCAGUUAGGUUUUGAGGAACCCUAGUUCCAUGUGUUAGGAUCUUUCUUGUAUGAAGUUUUGGAUGUUAUAUUGUUUGAUUAUAAUCGAUUGAGGCAUGAUUUAUUGAGUCAGUUGAAUCUUGAUCAAAUUAUCUUGAUUUCUACUUUAACCUAUGAUAGAUAGAAUCUGAUUAGGUUAAGAGAGCUUCCUUGAUUGAUAGUGGUGAAUUGGUUGUGCGAGAGUCAAUCAAUUCACUACUUUGUACUGGAAUUCAUUCCAGUAGUGGAGAUAUGUGUGAAUCGCCUUAGCAGUCUAUCCCGGUGAAGGCUAGUCGCCUCCCGGGUAUUCUGUCUGAGAGGACUUGGUCAGCUUAAGAGAUUCCAAGCUAAUUUAGGAUCUUCCGCAGUUUAAUCAACAGUAGAUCAACCAAAGGUAAUUACAACUUGGACCUAAUUGAGGAGCUAGGGGGAAUCACA